AUGCUCAGCCACGCGCUGCGACUACGACCGCGCUUGGCUACUUCUCGCCUCGCUGCUCCGGCAGUCGCCGGCCCCUCAACACUCCGACGACCGAUAUGCGUCACCGCCUCGAGCCUGAACGACGACGCCGCUCCCCGCCGCACAGCCAAGUUCGUCACUGAGGGCAACAGGCGACGGAAGGCUCUCGCCAAGGCGGCAGCGAUGAAGAGUAUGCUCGCUGCGCAAUCUGCUCCUGACCCGACGCCGGCGCGGCCGGCGCGGAAGGACGACGACGCCCAGCCGACAGUCGACGACCUGCUCGCCCUGCAACCCGAGGACGUCCCCUCCACCAAGCGACCAGACUAUGCCGACAAAUACGCCGCGCUCACGAACAGGGUCGACAGGGCGUUCAUGCGUGCGCAACUCCUGGCGCUGUGUCAGGAGCUGCAGCUCCCGGUCAGCAAGAGCAGCAAGAAGAAAGAGGUGACGGCCAUGAUCCUCCAGAGCUGGGGGUGGCCGAAACCCAAGGCGCCGGAGCAGAGCUAUGCCCAGGAGUUCCCCAUGAGCUCCGCGACGCUUUUCCACCUCCAGCGCUCUCUGCCGCUUAUGGAGUGGCUGGAGGCUCUGCCCGGCACGCAUGUAUCUGUCCAGCCCGCCAAAGCCGGGGGAUACGUCCUCACCGCCGAUGGACCGAGGGCGGUGCUCGACACCGUGAACCGGUUCCUGCACGACUUCGUCAAUACCUUGACCAUCGAGCCCCUCCCGACUUCACUCGACAUGCCACCCCGCGUGCGCUGGACCGUGUCGCAGGCGACUGGCGCGUGGAUCGACCAGGGCGGCAUCACCGGCUCGUCGUCCGAGGUCGCGGCUGCGAGGGGGAUGCUGGAGCGUGUGGCGUUGCAGCUGUCCGCAUCCUCGCCGGCUCUGACACUGCUGAGCCACGACGGCGCGUUCGCGCUCCUCCCACACGUUCCCGCCAGCAGACGUGCUCUCCUCCCUUGUUCCCGACAACGGAUCGACACUGGCCCGAUUCGGCCACCACCUCCUCCCUUCCGCCUCCUCCACCCCUUCACGCCCCCGAUCAAGGGCUCCCACCCCCUCGCCCCGGGAUCGCCCAUCGCCGAUCUGGAGGGAACCGUCUUCUCCCCUGCCCUUCCCCCCGCACUGGUCCGCUUCCCCCUCCCCGAACGAACUCGCCGUCGGCGUCGCCUGACUUACGCCCUGCCCCAGGGCAAACUGGUCGUCGAGGCGACCUAUCCCCUGAGGGAGAUCCAGGCGGCCAAGAAACCAGGCCACGAGCCGCACUGGACCGAACUCCUCGACCAGCAGCUGAAGGGCGGCGAUCUGUUCGCAGGCGACGCGAGCCGGGAGGCGCUCGACCGCUUCCUCUCCGAGGACGAGGAGGAGGACGACCUCGUCGAUGAGAUCCUGGGUGCUAGUCGGGGGGACAUCGAUCGGCUGAUCGAGGGGGGCUCUACGGCGAGUGCUGCGAGCCCUACAUUCUCCGCAUCCGGUAGCACGGCGGAGGAAGCGAAGGAGGACGGCAAGGAGGCGGAGAAGCCGAGGGAGGAGAAGAAGAUGCUCGACCUCAGCGCCCGCGUGGAGAGGAACGAAGUGUUGACGGACGUCGCCCUGCCCUGGAAGCCGGUCGAUGUGCGCUUCAUCAGUCGCUCGACCGAGUCGACGGCUGUCCCUGCUCCGCUGGCUGAGUUCUUCUCCCGUGCCGCCCAGAGCGCGGACUAUGUCACUGGUCUGGCGCUGGACGACGUGACGAACCUCCGUCGUGGCGCUGCUCCUGCCACUCCCGCUGUGACCGAAGCUGAGGAACCAGCAGUUGAGAGCGACACGAUCCCCCCGCCGCCACUUGGCAAGAUUGCCCCCGAGGAGGGCCUCACGCCCCCACCGACUAUCACCGUUGGAAAGGAGACGGCCACGCUCGUGGCCGAUGAGAUCAUGGACGUCGCUGAGAGCGUGCGGCCCCACGGAACGGGUCCCAAGCCCACGCUCCGGACUGUGAGCGCCGUGGACCUCGCGAGCCCUGGGCUAGUGACGCAGUACGCAGAGCUGGAUGGGGAGGGGAUGUGGGACGAGAUUGGCAGCGUGGCGAGGGCUGUUGGGCAUUAG